GUUUCCAACCCGUCAGAAUUCUCCCGUUCUCUCUCUCUCUCUCUCUCUCUUUCUCGUAGAUACCAAUCUCUAUUCUUCUUCUUCUUCUUCUUUUCUCCGGCGUGCUGAUUUCUUGCAUGGCAGUUAGCUUUCUGAGUCGGGAUGUGUCAGACCUGUGCUUGGGGAAGCCGGCGUUGAGGCCGGUGAAGGCGGACACCAGCGUGGCGGAGGCGGUGGCGGAGUUGAAGAGGUCCGGCGAAAGCCAUGUGAGCGUUUGGAGCGGCUGUUCCGAUCAUUCUACCAAGGCUCUGGAAGAAGGCCACAAUAAUUGGCGUUGCAUCGGGAAAAUCUCUAUGGUCGAUGUGAUUGUCUUUCUGUGUAAAGAGGAGAAUUCGAGAAACCUUUCCAAGGCUCUGCAAUCUCCCGUCUCCCAAAUUUUGCCCUCCAGAACCGAUAUUGUCAGGCAUUUGAACCCUAAUUCAAGCUUGUUGGAGGCUAUAGAUUGCAUUCUUGAAGGAACGCAGAAUCUGGUAAUCCCAAUACAGAACAAUAAUACCAGUAACAAUUCAAGGACGAAACCUGCAUCGCCGAGCUCCACCGAUCACGGCGGCGUUGAAUAUUGCUGGCUGACACAGGAAGACGUCGCCCGGUUCCUCCUGAAUUCCAUCGGCCUCUUCUCGCCAUUGCCGACCUUCACCAUUGAAUCGCUCAACAUAAUCGAUUACGACAUCAUGACAGUCGGCUACCACGACCUUGCUACCUCCGCGUUAGGUUUCAUCUCCCGCGCCAACGCCGAUCAAACUUCCGUCGCUGUUAUUGACGACGAUAACCGACUGAUCGGCGAAAUCUCCCCCUCCACCCUCGCCUACUGCGAGGAAAGCGUUGCCGCGGCCAUCGCGUCUCUCUCCGCCGGCGAUCUCAUGGCGUUCAUCGACUGCGGUUCCCCCACCGAUGACUUGCUUGAGAUGCAGGUAAAAGCAAGGCUCGAAGAGAAGAAUCUGGUGGCGCUGUUGAGACUAAUGGAGGAAGAAUAUUCCGCAUUAUUCUCCUCCUCCUCAUCAUCAUCAUCUUCAUCGCCAUCACUGUCGUCCUCGGCGUCCUCAAACGCUUCGAGUUUCUCUUCCGACGAAGAAUUAGGGCUGAGCAGGAACAGCAUCUUAGGACGCUACUUCUCUCGGAAAACGGAGGCGAUGACGUGUUAUCCACGGAGUUCACUGGCGGCGGUGAUGAUCCAAGCGCUGGCUCACCGCGCCAACAACAUCUGGGUGGUUGAGGAAGACCAGAGCGUGGUCGGUACAGUGACGUACAAAGAAAUGUUGAGUGUGUUCGCCGGCAUUGCCAGUCCUCGGGAUCGGCCUAAGCUUCCUGCAGGGCCGCCGGAGAUUAUUAAUGCAUUCAACAAAUAAUCAAUCAUCAGUGUUGUAUGAAUUGAAUUGAAGCUUGUAUGUGUGAGUACAGUGUAACCUUGUAAAAUCUUUUGGAAUUAUGCUUUGUGGGGGGUUUAAUAUAAUUGUUUGAGUAAAAUUUCA